CGUGCGGUCAGUGGGCAGGUAAAAACACAGCGGUGAGGGCGCGGAGAGUUUCUGUGAUGCAGAGAGACUGAAAACAAAGCCAUUACCGUCGACUUGUAAAAAGAGCAUUUUCUAUUUUGUACAUACAUUAUUUUGUAUAUACUGUUUAUGAUGACUUCAGUGGUCACUGAUGCUGCCAGGGGCAAUCGGGACAGAGCCCUACCACAAACCACACACACCUCACAGCCACAGAAACAGAUACAGGCCACAGCCGAACAGAUCCGACUCGCCCAGAUGAUUUACGACAAAAACGAUGCAGAUUUUGAGGGCAAAGUCCAGCAGCUCAUGGAGGUUACAGGCAAAAAUCAGGAUGAGUGUAUGGUGGCCCUUCACGACUGCAAUGGGGACGUCAACAGGGCUAUCAACUUCCUGCUGGAGGAGGUCACUGUCAAGGACUCAUGGGAGACAGUUGGCAAGAAGAAAAAUGUUGGAAAAGAAGGGACAGCUCCAGAGAGCAGGGAGAAGAGAGGAGAAAAGGAAGGCAGAGGCCGCGGGGGUCCAAACAGACGUGGCCGAGGGGCCAGCCACAACCAGGAAGGGCGGUCGGAAGAGAACGGGUUUGAUUCAGCUCCAGGAGAGAGAGGAGACCGUGGGCGCAGAGGAAGAGGGAGAGGUGUAGGAAGCCGAGGAAGAGGCAGAGGAGCUGGAAUGAACAGGUUCUCUCAGGGAAUGGGUAGGACAUUUAACCCUGCUGACUGCACCGGCUCUGCUGAGGCAGGGGAGGCUGGAAAUGAGACUACUGAAGGAGCAGGAGCCUGGAAGGACAGUCUGGAAGAUUGGGCGGCCGAAGACUGGAAUGAAGAUCUAUCUGAGACCAAAGUGUUCACUGCUUCUUAUGCACUUGGCUCCAAGAACCUCGCGCAGCCUGGACAGGGGAUGGAUCUCGGCUCUCUGUUGUCUAAGGUGGCUGAGGGCGACUCUGAGCUGGCCGGAUUGGAGCCGUCAUGCCCUGAUACUCUCACCCAGAGUCUGGUAUUCACCAACUCUCAGCAGCACACCACCCGAACACACACACACAGCUACGCAUCUGCUGCUGCUGGCACUUAUGCACAUGCUGCAUCGUCCAUGCUGGGAUCCAGGCUUCCCCAGAGUGAUGUACAGAAAAUGGAGCCAAUCAGCAUACCUCGAAUUGCCCCUUUGUCCAAUCAGGUUUCAGGGGCACUGAGCAAUGGCACUGCAUCUGUUGAAUCUACUGCUCCGGUGCCUCUCGAAACUACCCCUGUGACCCUGAGUGAACCCAAGGAGACCCCCAUUACAACAAUUCACUUGGACCUGAAGCCCCAACCUGACCCGUCCCCCAUCCUCGGUCGUCUGACCCAGCAUCAGAAUGCAGCACUCCAGUCGGACCUGCCGGCUCAGGCCCGAGACCCUGCCCCACUUCCCCCACAUGAUGGGCCUUCCCCGACACUGAAACCCUUCUGUGAGCCUGUCAUCACCACGACAGAGCCGCCACAACCCAGAACCAUCAGACCACAGAGACGGAGAGCACCACCUCCCUCUAAGAUCCCCUCUUCAGCAGUAGAGAUGCCAGGCUCUGCUGACGUGUCCGGGCUGAAUGUGCAGUUUGGUGCACUGGAUUUUGGAUCUGAAUCCUCUGUGGAGAAUCUCGACCAAUCAGAAAGUAGCUGUCAGGAACCUGUGGCAGCUCCUCAAACCCAGAGCAGCCUGUACUUCAAAUCCACUGUCAUCAGUGAGUCUCUAGGUGGCUUGCCUCAAGCAGUAAUGGAGUCCAGUUACCCAUCAGCCUCUCUUGUUUUACCAAGCACUACUGCCCCUCCUGUCUUGGCUCCAUCCUCAGCUAGCAGAGUGGAGUCAUCUGCCACCACCCCUCUCAGUAAUGGAUUCAGUGAAAUGAGGACGUCCAGCGCACAGGAAGCUGCUCCGUCCAGCACCCCUCAGCCCGUAUCCACAGCCCUGUCCACAGAGAACGGCUUGUCAUCUUUAUCACUCUCAUCUUCCUCCUCUUCAACAGCAGCGCCUGUCCUGAGCACAGCUCUUCCAUCACCUAGCAGUCACGUGAGCAGCGUUAACUCUCCUGGAUCUUCUGCGCCCACCAGCUCUUCCAUGAGCACACAGAUGGGCGCUGACGUGAACGUGAGCCUGUCCACGUACUCUGGCUCUGUGUCGAGCGUGUCCAGCUCGACGGUCAACUCCAACGGCCUGAGCGCUGCAAACCAGAGCCUCACCGCUAACGGUGCAUCCGCUCCCUCUGCUGUCCGUUCUGCACCGCUGCAGACCAACAUCACACUCUCCAACACCUCUGGUAAAGCUCCCCCUAACCUGGCUCAAGGAGUACCGCCGCUGCUGGCCAGUCAGUAUAUCAUGGGUCCUGGUGGCCUCCUUCCUGCUUAUCCGCCAAUCUAUGGAUAUGAGGACCUACAGAUGAUGCAGUCCCGCCUGCCCAUGGAUUAUUAUGGCAUGACUUACCCUGGUACAGCGCUAGCUGGCAGAGAUGGAGGAUUAGCAAAUAAUCCCUACACAGGUGAGCCUACCAAAUUUGGCCGCAGCGACUCAAACUCCCCAGCCCCUGCCACCAGUCUCUCCUCAGUGCCCCCCUCACAGUCUCAACAAAGUGCUGUCCCCCCUCAUAAUCAAGGGCCGCAGAACCCAGGUCAAGCCCAGCAAGGUCAGACCCAGGCCUUCCUCAACCCCACUCUGCCUCCAGGUUACGGCUACACCAGCCUGCCCUACUACCCUGGGGUGCCAGGAAUGCCCAGUGCCUUCCAGUAUGGUCCCACUGUCUUCAUGCCUCCAGCAUCCACAAAGCAGCACAGCAUGGGCCCGUCCAGUCAGUACCAACACCAGGCCGGAUACAGCCAGCACAUGUAUGGCCCAGGUUAUGAUGAGUUGUCCCAGGCUCAUGCUGGAGGAGAUUACGGGAAAGGAGGAUAUGGAGGAAGCUCCCAGUCCCAGGCCAAAGCAGUGAGCAACAGCUCGGGAAAAGCACCAGGACUGCCUGGAUCUGCGAGUUCAGAGCUCACUGGAACAGUGUACAGCAAGACCCAGUCAUUUGACAAGCAGGGUUUCCCCACAGCAGCCGGCCCUGCGUUCAGCCUGCCCUCAGCUCUGGGAGGAACUGGCCCGCUUAACCCCGCAGGUGCCCCCGGAUACGCCCCCGCACCCUUCCUUCAUAUCCUGCCCCAUCAGCAGCCCCCCUCACAGUUACUGCACCACCACAUGGCUCAAGACACACAGGGCCAACGCAGUCAGGCCAACAGCAUGCAGAAGGGUCAGGGCAAAUCCAACUACAGCAGCUCUCCAUACUGGGCUAACUGAGCGCGCCGUUUAUACUGUUACCCACAUAAACGCCCGCAUCCGUGUGUCCGCACUGUCCUGCCUCUAACAUGAAAUGCACACUCGCACAAACACACGCCGUAUCAGUUCUCCCCCGUCCCCCUCCUCCAACGUUCUCCUCUGCUUUUUUCCUUCUCUGAAUUAGGUUUUUCAUGUAAGAUAUUUAUGUAAGUAUUUAUAUAUACUGUAAAUGUUAAGAAGCCGAGCAUAAGAUGUGGUCACUCCA